GUUCUCGUCAAUCAAAACAUGCUACAUGUAUAUGAAACUUGUACCUCGAACUAUGUACAAUUCUUGUCCGACCAGACGCUUUGAAGAAACGGUUCUGUUCGGUUGGACAAAUGAAACAAUGAUAAUUUUACGUAAUCAGUAUUUGCCUUUUAAUUAAGUGAGUAAGUGAAGACUCCGCUCUCCACUGUGGCAGUGCCUUCGCGAGACUUGCUGCGUUGAAUAACAUUAUUCAAUCCAGAUCGACGGAACAAAGCUUGUUUAGCGGCACUCGUUACUGAAUCGUCAACAAUAUGCAUCGCUGGCUUAUUUGUCUACCAGUCGACCGGUAUACGAAACACGUGGAACUAAUUGAUCGCUAACCAUUUUAUAAGCAGCUUACAUACCAAGUCGAUGAUACUUAUUAGAAAAGAUAAUUAAUUGUGUCUGUGCGACAGAAAGGUGUUUGCUGAAGAAAUCGUGAGUUAUUUCUUCGGAAAACGAGUGUCUCAGAAUUGAAGUGUUUUUUCAGCUAAAAGAAAAAAUAGCAUAAUAGAAUUCGUAAACAUGAAGAAAAAAAACUUAUUGAAGGUGUACUACUAAACAGUGCCAAAUGAGCAUUUGAAUAUUUCUGGAUACCACGGUGAUACAAAAAAAAUAAAGAAAAAUUCUGGAAUGAAAACCUAUGCUGCUGCAGUGGCCGGCAGUUUGUCGGUCAUGAUGAGUCAACCCGUGUUGGGUUCCCUGGUUCUGGAUUCAGCCAACGACACCAGCGGACAAUCUUCAGAUGAUGAUCAUGACAGCGAUCAAGCGACCAUUUCGAUGGACAAUCUCUACCCGGCACUGGUCCAAUGCUUUGCGAUUAUCAUUUGUGGUUAUCUUGCUGGUCGGCUCAACAUAAUCACCAACACGGAGGCCAAAGGACUCAAUACGUUCGUCGGAACAUUCGCUCUGCCGUCAGUGAUCUUCCUCUCGCUGGCUGAAUUGAACUGGAGCACGGUCAAUUGGAAUUUCUUACUGGCGAUUCUGAUUUCCAAAACAAUCGUGUUCGUGGCGGUAGCGAUCAUCUCCCUACUGGUCACUCGGCCCACCAACUAUGGCCGGGCGGGAUUGCUGGCGAUAUUCUGCACCCAAAGUAAUGAUUUCGCUAUCGGGUUUCCUAUUGUUACGGCAUUGUACUCCAAAAUCCAUCCGGAGUAUGCAUCGUACAUUUACCUGUUGGCACCAAUUUCGCUGGCGAUUUUAAAUCCAAUCGGAUACAUACUCAUGGAAAUUUCGAAAAUUAAAGCGAAAGCGACAAUCGAUCAAGCUCCGGAAUCUCGCCGCCCAUCCCUACCUCCAUGCUCACAGAUAUCUGAUCCGGAUGGGUCCAGGAGGAAGUUACUGCGCGGAAAAUUUCUAGUCAUUAUAAAAACCAUCGAAUCUGUAUUCUUCAACCCGGUGCUGCUGAUGACCGUCCUUGGAGUAAUCGGUGGACAAAUUUUUCGCAACGGCUUACCCGUCAUCCUUUCCAGCAUUCUACAAGUGUUGGGAAACUCUUUCUCGGCCACAGCUUUGUUCCUACUUGGGUUGCGAAUGGUUGGCAAUGCGUCUACUCUGCAAGGACCGGGUUUUAUUCUACCAGGCAUUCUAAUAAUAGCGAAACUGCUAGUACUUCCGCUGGUCACCCGCCAAACCGUCAACAUAAUGAAUGCUGGAGCAAAUUUCUCAGAAACGACUGAUUUAAGUACAUUUGGAUUUCUGUAUGGAACGUUUCCAGCAGCCCCGGGGGUGUUUGUGAUUGCUUCGCAGUACAAUCAGGAUGUGGAUUUGAUUGCCUGCAGUAUGGUGGCAUCCACCUUCAUUAGCGCCCCGUUGAUGUUUAUUUCGGCUAAAAUGAUCACCAUCACUAAUCUGAAUCCUUCGGAUUACUUGAACGAACUGGACAAGUUCGCCUUCGACAUCAGCAUCGUUGCUAUUUGCUGUUCGGUGUGGAUGUUGUUGCUAUUUACACUCACUCGCAGGGUGCGCAAGAUGCCUCACCGUAUAACGAGCUGUCUGAUUAUAUCGCAACUUAUUUGCAACAUCGGUGUUAUCAUGUGGUCAUCGUUCGAGCAAACAAGCGGAUGGAAGAUGUAUUUGCAGUUCUACUUCUUUACGAUCGGUUGCUACAGUAGCCGGUUGUGGACAGCAUUUCUAGCGAUAUCGAUCCUGUUCCUGCAGUGCCGCAGUCUGUGUUUCGUGCUGAAACUGUGGCCGUUAUUCAUUGCUGCAGCUUGGGGUCUGCCUACACUGAUUGUGUCACUGUUAUUUUUGCUGGAUUCUAAAAACAUUACGCCUACAGAAAAACGCAAUCCUAGCUUUCAGUACGGCAACGCACAGGCUGCGAUUGCCGUGUUUCUACUAGUAAUGUGCUUCAUCGUUACCGUUGGAUGUUUGAUCCUUCAUCAGCGAUUCAAGAAACGACACGAGAAGUAUAUGACCCUGUCAAGGGAAGUAUCGUCUCCUGAUAUGGAUAGCAGUACCGUGGGAUCAAGCUCGGUGACUAAUUUAAUCCAAGAAUCAACUCACCAUAAUGAUGACAAAGUGCAUAGGCGAAGACAUUCAUUAACGUCGAGCGACGAUGAAAUCUUGCGGGCCAACGACAAGAUAGGCUGUGAUGGAACUAACUCGAAUGGAUGCUGUACAAGCCGAAACACCGUUCGUUCUGUAGUAGAUAUUGAAGACUUGAUAAUUCAACAGAGUGUGAACAACAUAGAAAGCGAAGAAUCCAUUGCUGACAACGGAAUGUGCUCAUCCCAAUUCAAUUGUCCAUCAUCAUCGAAGCAACAGUGUCAAUCACUUAUCGAUCGAUAUCGUGAGCAUGCUAGCGACGGCCUGGAACCAUUAGAAUUAGACAACGACGCAGAUGAACAUCAAACUCUCAAGCACAUGGUUCUUCUAAUUCUGCUACUCUGUUCAAUGUUCGUUGGGCUGGCUCUCUCAGUAUGGACCCUGAUCAUGGAAGGAAUGUCCGGAAUUUAUGUAGAGUUAACAUUUCUCGAUGCAUUCCUGAAUUUCGGUCAAUCUAUAAUCGUGCUGGCAGUGUUUAUAACCGAUACAGGGGAAUUAUUGCUACCAUUGAUGAAAUUUUGGCGUAAAAUCUGGUACGGUGCCAACAUGCUACAGUUACCCAUAUGGAGCGAUAUCAGUUCCGAAACGCGACUUAUUUGUGAUCAAUUCACAACACAUCACUUGGAUAAAUGUCGAAAGGCCAUUGCCAAAGAUAAAAGAUGGCGCAUCAAAACCUAUAAGAAAGUUUUCUACGGCAAUGUAUUCGUGGACUGGCUUCUGGAACUGGGACUCGCUAAAGAUCGUUCGGAUGCGACUCACUAUGCUCGUCGUUUAGUAGACGGACGAGUUUUACGACACAUAAAUAAUGUGUACCAUUUUCACGAUCGUAACUUACUGUACACAUUUUGCGAUCGCUUGUAAAUUGUAGGCUUUAGUUUUUAUGUUUUAGUUCUGCUUUUAAACACAGAACCAAAUCUGGAGUGCUUAGCUCUAUCUCGCUGCAGCCAGUAUUUCUAGAAAUUUUACCAAGCUCAUAAUUAGUAAACAAAUUAAAACUACAAAGAUUUCUAGGGAUAGUCAACAGAUAGUACCAAGGACUCUGGAAUAAAUGUUAUACCAAAAAUGACGAAACUGGAAAGUAAUGUGAUGCAUAGUUUUUGUAUGAAAAUUUAAGAGGGAUACCAUAGAGUAAAUUUCGUCUCGAACUUGAAUUUUAAGUAUUUAUUAUUAUUAUUUGAAUUGCAGUGAAAUUCAAACAAAGAAAUGUAAAUAUUAGCUUUUUAUCAACGUAAGGAAGGUAGACCAAUGUUUAUAAAUAUUAAGUAAUUCCUAGCCUACAAAAGCCUAGCUUUCAAAUUGUAAAAUUGUAAAGAGUAUAUUAAAGUUUGAGAGGAUGUUCUCAAAUAAACAAUACUUGUGUAACAAUUUUGUUAAACCUCUGAGCAUCUAAAUAUCUGCUAUAAAUAAAAAAUUAUAUGUAUUUAUACAUUCGCAA